UUGCUUGUAAGCAUCUAAAUAUACAUCCCGUUGUAAGAGAAAUAAUAUUGUUGUCUAUUUUCAACAUUGACUGUUAAUUUUUAAUUUAUAUUGCUCUUUUGUAUACAUCUUGGCUGAUAAUUUUGGAAAACAACCCCAAGGAAUAAUUUGAAGGGAACUACAUCUCCUUACUAGCAGACCCCAGCCGCCUCUCCAUCAUGGCUACCGAGAAGAACCCCGACCAGCCGGCCGUCAUCACGACCACGACGAUCACCUCGCAGACGACCACGACCAAGAAGAUGACGUCGAGCAACAUGGGAUUGACCUUCGAUAAGUCUUACGCGACGUCGCCGCAGGGCGUCCUCGCUGUCAUAGAAGCGUUCUACUCUCUGAUCGCCUUCAUUGUCAUUGCAGCGAAUGAACACAGAGGUCCCUAUUCAGGAAGCUUCGCUUUUUUCAUGACCGUUACUUUCAUCGUCUUCUUCUUCUCCCUUUGUUUCUACAUUGGCGAGAUCACACACCUACGAUACAAGAUACAACUACCAUGGACGUUAAUGGAUAUGGUUGUAUAUUCCACAUACAUCCCUGCAUUACUCAUUUCAUCGUCGUUAGUAGCAGCUAGGGGGUAUACCCCCAGCCACGGUGCAGGGGCGACCCUAGGUUUCGUCGUAAUGCAGCUCUACAUUCUAAGCCUCAUUAUGACCAUCAUGCAAUAUCAGGCAAAGAGCUCCCUCAACCAGCGGUCAACGGGGGCGCUAGGCGUGGACAACGCGGGUAACAACAUAGGGGCUGGGGCGGCCCCCGACAAUUUUUAUAACGGCCCUGGUCCCGCUUAUUAGUUAUAAUGUUCUCCCUGAUAGAAUAUUUGUUUAACGUUCAAAGUAAUGGAGGAGGUCAUUUUUGUCUUCUUCUUGUUGUUGUUGUGUUACUAUUCAUAUAUGCAAAACGGAUCAGAAUAUCUAUAUAAAUUGCUUUAAAAAAAAUCAUAACAGAAAAUGUGACGCCUUCAGUGUAGAGAUUAAUUUAAACUUUAUGCGUUCAAAGGAGUGGAGAAGGUGUGAUUUUGUUCUUGUUGUUAUUGUGUUACUAUUCACACAUGCAAAACGGAUCAGAAUAUCUAUAUGAAUUGCUUUUAAAAGAAGAAGAUUGAAGAGAUUUGUUUACAUGCAUGCGUCCCAAUAAAAUGUAUGAUAGCAUUCAUUUUGAUUUUCAAUCACGCUGUAGCAUGUAUAGUAUAAAUCACUCAUACACUUGCCAUAUUUUGUAAAUUUGCAAGUAUUGGAAACAAAUAUUUGUCCCAAUUAUGGUUUCUUGAGAAUGUGACAUUAUAAACAAGGUUCAUUAGCAUUACUGUAACUCUGGUUUAUAUACAAUGCGUAUCAGAAAAAAUACACACUCGGAAACUAUCCUCUGUAAAUAUCUGCAUGAUUUCUUUCUUAAUUCUCCCUUAAAGUAUAUUUUUUGAAAGGAGAGGAGGAUACGAUGUUUUCCUUUUUUUAAUAUCCAUGUCUAAAAAUAAUAAUAUAAUUAGUUGUUUCAAAUAAAAAGUCUUUAUAACGUAACUCCUGUUAUAUAGCGAAUAUUAAAAGCUAUGACCGUAAUAACUAGUUUUUUUUUUAAAGUAAUACAUUUUAAUUUUAUAUAGCACAUGUAACUCUGGUGUAUAUACUUUCGAUAUCAAGGGAUUGGAUGAGAGAAGACAAAAUGCCCUAAAUAGACAAUUUUGAUAAUAUGUGUAUUGGAUAUUCACAGGUUUUCUUACAUGCAUGGGUUUAGUUUUCUCAUUAUGUUAUCUAUUUUGUUUCAUGACCAGUAAUGUCAUUUUUUUUUCUACCAAUAUAUUUUUUCAUUAUAUUUUAUAGACAGAAGUUUCUGCUAUGACAGGAAAGGGUUUCAUAUAUUUUUUUAGUCAUAAAGGUAGUAUACCCAAAUAGUUGUUCAUCGCGUUUUCGUUAUAUUACUUGGAAAAUGUUCGAGCAAUAUGUAAAAGGUUUAAGCUCAUUACUUUAAUGCAUACUGAGUAAGUACUCUAUUUUUUGUAAAUAAAGUAAAAUCAUAUCCACUUGAUUUUGAAAAUAACUAUUUUGAAAACAAAUAUUUUCCUUUUUGUGCAUUCAGCUGCGGUAGAUGUAUAGAAUCUAAUCUUUUUACAUAAUCAAAUUAUCUUUUGUAUCUAUAAAUUAUAAACUCGAAUCAUACAUUUCCGUUCAAUUAAGCAAACUGAAUGGUAUUAACAAAUGUUUUUUUGUUUUGCUUUGUUUUAUUUCAUUUUUACUACAUAUACCAAUUUAAUGUUUUGUAUUGCAUUUAAGUUUGAGGUCGAGUAUAUAACCCAUUGAAGGAGAGUUCGCAAAUAUUGGGUCCAAAGGAGGGCCAACUUUUCAACACUACCUGGAGUAUUUUUUACAGCAAGGGAAAAAUAAAAGGAAAAAGUCGUCUCCCUAAUCUUUCAAGGUUCUUCCAUUACUACUUUAGGAGAUCAGUGGCGCUGAGUCAACUAUCCUCCCCGUAUAGAAAUGAGUUAGCUCAUUAAUAUUUAUUGUGUUUUCUCUUCCAUAUACCGAGGUUGAGCAUUAGUUUUUGUCCAACGGACUUACUCAGAGAACAACUAAAAACAAUAUAGAUGUAUGUACAUGAAUUUACUUUCGUUUUAAAAUAAGUAAUCAAUGAUCGCUUGGCCUACUCUAUCUUUAAAUUUUCAGACCACUUUAGGAGAUUAUUUUUUUCUUCUUCUUAAAAAAAAUAAUAAAAAUAGUAAAUGAUUCUCCCGAUGAUGGUUAUACGAUGUUUUAGAAACCAUUUGUAUUGUAUAUAAUAAGGUUGAUAUACUUUGUAAAUGUACAACAAAUGUAAAUGGAUGUAUUAUGAGAUCAGCGAAACAAAAACUUGUGAAAAUGUUGUGUAUGAAACAAUAUAAAUUGAGGCCAGAAUUUUACCGAAAAAUUA